AGCAAGGCGAGCAGGUUCCUAGCCCAGGACCAGGACCGUUUCCAGCUGCAUCUCCCAGAGUGUUCGCCUCACCAACAGGAAAGAAGCAGCCACCCCAGCCCCACAUCCUGCACUGGCUUUUUAUGAAUCUUGCUGUGAGUUCUACAGCUUCUUUCUCUCCCCAGACCGACUGAAGAUCAUGACCACCUUUGGGGUCCGGCGCCGCCAGCUCCUGCUGUUCAUGGGUAUCCUGAAGCUGUCUGUAUUGGUCAUCUUCUUGCUCUUCUACGCUCUGCUCUGGCAGGCAGGGAACCUCACGGACCUGCCCAAUCUGAAAAUCGGCUUCUACAACUUCUGCCUGUGGAAUGAGGUCUCAGGCUCUCUCCAUUGCUUCCAGUCCCCCGAGCUGGAGACCCUGGGCGUGUCCAGAGUGGGUCUGGGCCUGGCCCGGCUGGGCGUCUACGGAGCCUUGGUACUCGCUCUUUUUGCUCCCUUGCCUCUCCUGCUGGCCUGGUGCAACCGGAACAAGGGAGAGUGGCAGCUGGCCAAGGGCUUCCUGGCCACCGCGACAGUGCUUCUGGCCAGUGGCGUGGGCCUCCUCCUCUGCUGCAUGUGGCGCUGGGUGCAGCUGUCCCUGCUGGGACCCGGCUUCCUGGCGCUGGGCCUUGCCCAGGCUUUACUCAUCCUAUUGCUGAUGGCCACUGCCACCAUCCCUUGGGCAGAGAAAACCCACGGCCGGCUGGAGAGCUGCUAAUUUCAACUAAAGGCUUGAUGACAACAAGGACUCAGUCUGAAUAUACCUAGAGAAGGUACCAGAG